GUCUACAUUGUCUCGUUCAAAUUCUACUUUAAUUACAGUUGAUUAAUUAUGUAAACAGUGCGCUAUUAGUUUUUGGAUUAUUUACCUUAUAUAUUGAAAAUUGUAAUUUAUGUAUUAUGACAAAAGUCAAAAUAUUGUUUAGAAAUAAUGAUAAAAUUCAAUAUUAAAGACAAAUUUUAUUUUAAUCCCAUCUUCUUUCAAUUAGUGAAUUGUUAUAGGUGCAAAUAUAAGUAUGACUUUAAAUGCUUGAGAUUUUAAUGUAUUUUUGCUCUCAACUCAAACUUGAAUAACGAAUGGUAUAAAAAAGUAAAAUUCUUCACCAUUGCUGCCAAGUAUAUGAUAAUGCUAAAGCAAAACAAAGUAUAAAUCUCCUUUGUAAUGUGGUGUGAAUCACGAUGUGCAUAAGCAAAACAUAAACAAAGAAACACAGAAUAUUUUCCCCGAGAAGAUUGACUUGCGCUCUGGCAUUAGCAAGCUCCUAAUCUGCAUCUGUUAACUUUAUAAUUUGCUCACGAAUUCUUCUACUUUUCUUUUCUCGUUUUAGCUUUAUCAAGUAGUUAAGCAAAGUAGAGAUGCCCUGUAUAUUUCAGCUGCUCUUUGCAAGCAAUAUCAAUCUAUAAAAACCCCCCAGGGCAUUGCAUCAUUAAAAUUUUCAAUUCAGGCAGCCUAAUUAUAUAUCUAGAGUGACACAGAAAUUAACGAGCGAGAGAGAAAGACAUCGAUGGCGAAAGAAAUAAUUAUCUCGAAAUCUGAGAUCAAUAAGUUUGAUGAAAUGAGAGAGGCUUAUGCAAAAGUUUUGUCAAAUGAUGCUCAUGGCUUGAAGGGAAUUUACCAGAAAAAUCCUGAAGCCUUGUUCAAUCAAAUCACGGCUUGUAGGGAUACUAUAUUUCACAUCGCAGCAUACAAAGAAAGUGAAGAAGUGCUUCAAGCUCUGGUUAAAAUGGUGCCACAGUCUAAGAAGCGAGAGCUGCUGAAGAUGAAGAACCUUUAUGGGAACACAAUUCUCCACGAGGUGGCCACCACUAACAAAAUAAAAGCAGCAGAUUUAUUAAUUAGAGAGUUGUUGUUCUCUGAUGGUCCUUUGAAUCGUGAAAAUGAUAUCCGCGAACGGGAAGAGAUACUGGCAGAUCGAAACAAAUUAGGCGAAACCCCACUAUUCAGGGCUGCAGAAUAUGGCAAGAAAAUGAUGGUGAUGUAUUUGGCAAAAGAAAUUGAACAAGUCGGGAAUCUUCAGAAUCACUACAAAAGAGAUGAUGGAGUCUCCAUUCUUCAUAUUGCUGUGAUCGGCCAACACUUUGAGACGGCUAUUUGGUUUCUGAAAAAGGAUGCCCAGCUUGCAACUUACAAAGACAAGAAUGGGAAGACAAGUCUUCAUCUCCUGGCAAGCAUGGCAACUGCUUUUAAGAGUAGUUCCCCCACCUCCAGCAUGUUCAAGGAGUUAAUCUAUUAUUGCCUUCCGAGCGAUUCAUGUAAUGAUCAGGAUGAGAUCGAUCAGCUUCCGUUAAAUCUUCAGAGCAAAGAUUUGGAACAGGGUGAGUCAAGUCAAGGUCUCCAUCAAUCAAAGCGCUCCAAAGGUAUCAAGUUGUAUUGCGCUAUUUUGCGGCGCCUCGCCGGAGGAUGGAAAAUGCUUGAUCGGAUAUGGAGCCGAAAGAUAAUGUAUGCAUCAGCUGUAAAACUGGCGAAGAUGCUAGUGCAAACGGAUGCUUCGUGGUUUGAGCCUCAUGAAGCAGAGGAGGACGACAUAAUUUGCUUGGACAGAAAGGAAGAUGAAGAAGAAAGGGUGAAGAAGAGUGCAUCCAACGGAAAGGAGUACUUACGUGAACCUGAUACGCCGUUGUUUAUUGCAGCCAGCACGGGCAUCGUUGAGAUUGUGAAUGAGAUACUCAACGUGUACCCUCAAGCAGUUGAGCACAUUAGUAAAACAGGACAGAACAUACUUCAUGUCGCUACUUUGCAUCGUAAAUACCGUGUGUUUAAUAUUGUGAAGAAUAAGGAUAAGGCAAAGAGGUUGGCUAGGGGGAUUGAUAGUCAUGGCUGCACCAUAUUGCACCAUGCUGCUGACACCAAAUAUUAUCAAGGAGGAACCAAACCUACUCCUGCUCUCAAACUGCAACAGGAGUUGACGUGGUUUGAGAACGUGAAAAAUCAAAUACCCUCUCAUUUCACCAUGCACUGCAACAAAGAAAAUAUGACAGCAGAUCAGUUGUUCAAGAAUAUGCACCUAGAGCAACUUAAAACCGCACAAGACUGGGUGAAGAACACCUCUCAGUCUUGCUCAACCGUCGCUGUUCUCGUUGCUACUGUUGUCUUUACAGCUGCCUACACCGCACCGGGAGGUUUCCUGCAGAAUGGUCGUCCCAUUCUCCUGGAAAAACCUCUCUACUCGUUUUUCACUGUCAUGGACAUUGCAGGCCUGGCAAGCUCCUUGACCUCGGUGGUGAUCUUCCUCUCUAUCCUCACUUCUUCACUUGAGUUUGAAGAUUUUCUUCACACGCUCCCUCGGAACCUCUCACUUGGCUUCACCUUUCUCUUCUUCUCUGUCACCUCGACCAUGCUCACUUUCACAGCCACGAUUCUACUUCUCGUUCAUUUGGAGAAAAAGUGGACUGCAACUCUAACAUAUGCCGCUGCAUUCCUUCCUAUCUGCGUAUUUGCUUUGUUUCAAUUCCCUCUAUACUACCAGUACUUCGUUGCUGCUGUCAAGAGCAUUUUCGAUUUUCUUAGGAGGAAUUUACCUGGUAACUGGGAGUUUCUUCAGAUUAAAGAUGAUUAUUGAUUAAGAACCACAAAGACUUUAUUCAUGGAAUUUUGGGAAGUCUAGAUAUUGUUUGCUUAAACACCUUUAUUCAUGGAUUGAAUAUUAUUGGUGUAUUUUUUUAAUUUUAUUUUAUCAUGUCUAUUAAGCCUUGCUAGUCUUCAAUAAUAACAAGCGUUGUUCAAGUAAAACUUUAUUUUUCAUUAAUUCCAAAUUUUCCUUUGAUUUCCUUAUUAAAUUGGUAAGAUUAGAGGUAAUCUGAAGUUGUCCUCCUCGAGAAUGACUACUGAAGCUUGUCUAAGAUUGACUGAAGUGUCCCAUUGGCUAAAAUUACACCUUCAUUGCCCAAAUUCUAUUGCCUCUUCGUUCAUAUCCUCACUGUGGGUUGAUGAUUUCGUUUUUCAAAGUGAUUUAAAAGAUAAAAUGUUUCAUGAGCUCAAGUAGCUUCCCUGUUCCAUUGGUUAAAUAUAAAUCUCUCCACUUUUCUUGUUGCAAAAGAAAUUGCCGUGAUUUUUAAAACCAUAAAAUGUACCCAAAAA